AUGUCGCAACCAGUUCAACGGGCAGCUGCGAGAUCGUUCAUUCAAAAAUACAUCAACAAAGAAACUCUGAAAUAUGUGUUUACCACUCAUUUCUGGGGUCCCGUAUCGAACUUUGGUAUACCCAUUGCGGCGAUCUAUGAUUUGAAGAAAGACCCAACCGUGAUUUCAGGACCGAUGACGGGUGCGUUGGUUUUGUACUCUGCAGUUUUCAUGAGAUAUGCAAUGGCCGUCACACCAGUAAACUACUUGUUGUUUGGGUGUCAUUUGGUAAACGAAUGUGCGCAGCUAGGCCAAGGUUAUAGAUUCUUACAUUACAACUACUUCACAGACGAAGAGGGGAGAAAAGCCAUCGAGGAAAAAUGGAAGAAGACCGAUUGA